AUGGAUUUCCCCAAUUGCACUGAAGAGGUGUUUGCCACAAACAACAGCAGUUGUGACUCACUUGAGACCACUAAACUCCCCACCAGUAAAAUCCUGCUCUCCAUAACCCUGUCAGUGCUGGCUGUCGUGACUACAUUCCUCAACUGUCUAGUGAUCACAGCUAUUGCAGUCACUCGCAAGCUUCACCACCCGGCUAACUACCUCAUCUGCUCAUUAGCUGUGACCGACCUGCUGGUGGCUGUUCUGGUCAUGCCCUUCAGUAUCAUGUACAUCCAGAAGGAGAGCUGGGGAAUGGGCCCAGUGAUGUGCACCAUCUGGCUAAGUGUGGACAUCACCUGUUGCACAUGCUCCAUCCUGCACCUUGCUGCCAUCGCCAUUGACCGCUACAGGGCCAUCACUGAUGCCGUGGAGUACUCUCGUAAACGUACGGGGGCUAUGGCCGGUGCAAUGGUGUCAGUGGUGUGGGUCUUAUCUAUCCUCAUCUCACUUCCUCCUCUGCUGUGGCGGCACUACACCGAGGACGGAGAUGAUGAAGACCAGUGCAUCAUCGUCCACCAUAACAUGGCCUUCACUCUGUAUUCCACACUCGGAGCAUUUUACAUCCCCCUGCUGCUCAUCCUCAUCCUCUACUAUAAGAUCUACCAGGCUGCUCAGACCCUCUACAUGCGCCGGGAGGCUAGCAGGGCUAGCCGUCACUCGUGCAUGACCAAUGGGAGCAUGAUCCCAUCGUCCUACCCAGCUGGAGACGGCAAUGCCGAUGGAGGGCCUCGAAGUCCAGAGCCCGUGAGCCCACCAGAGAAAUCUUACUCUGAACCCUCGAAUGAGGAACCUCCGCGCGAACGUGUGCGCGCCUCGGCAAAGGCUGUCCAUUGCAAGUCACGCCGGCGUGAAACACGUAACGAGUCACGUCGAAGCCAGUUCCAGCAGGGACCCCGAAUCUCAGGUGCACGGGAGCGCAGAGCGGCAUCCACGCUGGGGCUGAUAAUUGGGGCCUUCGUCAUCUGUUGGCUGCCAUUUUUUGUCAAGGAGGUGAUCGUCAACACUUGCGGUUCUUGUAGUACCUCCGUGGAAAUGGCUGACUUUCUGACAUGGUUGGGCUACCUUAACUCCCUCAUCAACCCCCUCAUCUACACCAUCUUUAAUGAGGACUUCAAAAAAGCAUUCCAAAGACUUGUUCGGUGCAGUCAUUACCUCUGA